UUUUCCACCCCAAAACUUCUGUGACAGGCUCUCUUACGGCCUUUUGUUGGGGCUUUCCAAUUUAACAAGAACAAAACCUGAUUUGUGAAAACUGUAAAUUAUUUCUCGCCCCCUUUCGCACGUCCAUCCCAGGGAGGCACACGGUUCCUGGGGAGACCGGGCAUUCUGUCUUCAAAAAUGGAGACCUUUGUUCAGUGACUUAAGGAUAUCUUCCUUUGCAGGGGCUCACCAGCUAAUUAAAAAAGAAGCAUGACUGGAAGGUCUGGUUAAAAUGCAGAAUCAGCAAAGGAAACUAAGGAAACCAGGGAGUGGAUGACCAGUUAGUUGCAGGAGCCUCGAGGCUGUGUUCACUUGCUGGCUCUGCCUCCGCCCUGGUAUCUGGCUCCGUCUCCCCAGUCCGCCUAGGGCUGGUGCAAGGCUGAGCAGAAUGGCAGGCCCAGGACACACGGAAAGGUGAUGGGGUCCACUAGUGCCCAAGGCUGGUGUUUGCCAGCCCCCUUAACCCCCUCUACAGCUUCCAGGCUGGACCAAAGGCUGCAGGGCAAGUGAAGCUGCGUUGGCUGUUCCAGAAUGAACCACAACUCCAAGAAGGGGAAGUAGAGCCCAGCUGGCUCUCUGCUAUGGCCUGUGAACCACAGAUGGGCCCCAGCGGGGCAGCCAGCCCAUUGCCCACCUCCUCCCCUGGCUGGAGUGCCUUGCCUGGAGGGAGUCCUCCAGGCUGGGGCCAAGAGCUCUACAAUGGCCAGGUCCUCACGGUUCUCCGGAUCGACAACACCUGUGCACCCAUCUCCUUCGAUCUGGGCGCCGCCGAGGAGCAGCUGCAGACGUGGGGCAUUCAGGUCCCUGCCGACCAGUAUAGGAGCUUGGCCGAAAGCGCCCUCUUGGAGCCCCAAGUGAGAAGAUACAUCAUCUACAACUCCAGGCCCAUGCGGCUGGCCUUUGCUGUGGUUUUCUAUGUGGUGGUGUGGGCCAACAUCUACUCCACUAGCCAGAUGUUUGCCCUGGGGAACCACUGGGUGGGUGUGCUCCUCGUGACCCUGGUCGCCAUGAGCCUGACCCUGACUCUCGUACUCAUCUUCGAGAGACACCAGAAGAAGGCCAACAACAACACGGACCUUAGGCUGGCGGCUGCCAACGGAGCCCUCCUGCGACACCGGGUGCUGCUGGGGGUGACGGACACAGUGGAAGGCUGCCAGAGCGUGAUUCAGCUCUGGUUUGUCUACUUCGACCUGGAGGACUGUGUGCAGUUUUUGUGUGACCACAUUCAAGAGAUGAAGAUGAGCCAGGAGUCCUUGCUGAGAAGCAGAUUGAGCCAGCUGUGUGUUGUCAUGGAAACUGGGGUGAGCCCCGAGACAGGGGAGGGGCCUAAGAACCUGCUGGAGGAAGCACCUCUCCUGCCCAGUGGCUCUCAUCCCCAGGAGCCACCCCUCAUGCAGACUGAGCUCCGCCAGCUUGUUCCUGAGGCGGAGCCGGAGGAGAUGGCCCAACAGCUGCUGGCAGUUUUUGGUGGCUACUACAUCCGGCUCCUGGUGACCUCGCAACUCCCCCAGGCCGUGGGGACACGACACACAGACUCUGCGAGGAUUCCCUGCCCCUGUCAGCUCAUAGAAGCCCAUAUCCUGGGCCCUGGGUGCUGCCCCUUCCUGGCCAGGUGACCUAAGGAGGAAGGCACCCAGCUUCCUGUGAGACUGAAGGUGAGAUGUCCAGAAGGCUUGGAGCCCCAGCUGGCUGAUGGCGAGCCCCAGGUGAGGAGAGAAGCAUCUAGAAGCACUCUGAAGAGUGUUGCUCAUGUCAGCAGCAGGGGUGUCAUGCUCUCUUCAGGACUCUGCACAGAAGGGCCUGUUGACGUCCCAGGCUGACCCAUGGCCUUUCCAGAAGCUGCUGGUUGCCAAGCUGGUACUCUUAGUGCUGUAGAUGGAAGGCCACUCUCCCAGGCCUUUCAUUUCUUGGAGAGCCCAGGAAAUGUGAAGAGGGUCCCCACUGGGCCCACCAUGCGCCUAAGGCUCAGUCUCCGAUGAUGCUCUUCCAUCCUCAGCUACUUCAUGUCAGAUGGGGAAACAGCCUUGGAGAGGACUCUGCUCUCGGUAGCAUUGCCUUGGCCCCCUACGAUGCCUAAUCUGAAGGAAAGUAGAAUGUUCUCCACUUUCAAGUUUCUCCUGCCCUGUAUUUUAUGAAAAACAAUGGUCCUGUGUUGUUUGCUACAGAUGUCCAGGGGACAGCAAAGAAGCCAGCAGCACGUGACUGAUGACGGAACUCUUUGGAAAAGAUCAAUUCUCUCUGAUUUGAGGGUGUGUUUUGUUUAAAGGCAUGCAUGCUUGUGGUUGUGGGUUUGUCCUUCAGGCCUAGAGCCACAGUCCUCUGUUUUCUGACACUAACACAGUCCUGGAAUGAAGCACAAAUCUGUCAUUCUUGGUGUUCCAUGAAGAGCUUGGGGGCUUCCAGGUUCUCUGCUCCUAAGUAAGUUUGAAGACCAACUAGUCCAUAGGCCCAAAUCCAAAGACCUGCCCUGGCAUGGAAAGGCUCCCCAGCAUCCAGGACCCAGCCCUCAUCCUUAGCUUUGGCUUCAUCUCCCACAAAACUUCUUGCUAAGCUGAAACUCUUUCUUGGACUAACAUACCUGUAUUCUGUUGUGUCUUUUGAACUCCUAUGCAUGCUUCAAAGCCUAGCGUUACUUACCCCUCCUUCAGGAAUCGUCUCAACAUAGAGCAUGCCCUGCUUCUCCUUUAAAUUCUUAAUGUAGCUGCUGCCUUUGUUGAGAUUUUAGGUUAUUCUGUUUUCCUAUGCGCAUGUGUAUUUUUCGAGCUAGAGUAAGCUCCUGAAGGACAAAGAUCUCACCUUAGAGCUUUUUUGCAUGGCCCAGACCUGCUAAAGAAAAAAAAGAUCCCAUGGAUCGAGUGCUUUGUCAUCUCCAUAGUAACAUUUGCAGAUUGUGCUCUCUACGCAAUUGAAUGAUGAGGUUGGCACUGACUUAGGUUCUGGUUCCGGCUGACAUUUCUAGCUGUCCUCAAUUUACCUAUCUCCAUAAAAAUGGGUAGAUGGUGGACAGGUUGAUGAUCCUUAAUUACCCUUCCAAAGCCAAAGUUCUGACUUCUUCUGUUGCAAUCUAGCCCUUGGCCUGUUAUGUUUUAAUCUACAUGUAGAAGGUCCUCUAGCUUUGCAUGACUGAGGUGGCCCAGACCUGAUGGGCCUUUGGGCAGAACACGGGCUUAGCGAGCAGGAGACCUGGGUUAUCAUCCCGGAUUGGCUGCUUCCUAGAAGCAUGACCAUUGGCAUUGGCUACAUCACUGACCAAGGGCCCGUUUACUCCUUUACAAGUGGAUCUGGUGAACAUGCAGCAUGUGGGUGACUUGCUGUGUAAGAGACCAGUCUGACCGUUUGCUUUUUUUGAGCCAGAGAAGAGAAAUCAUGGACGUAGACCCACCCUGGGAAGGUGGCUAUUGUAGACAUUUCCCUUUAGAGAUUUCUCUGAGGGCAGCUAUGCUCAGGCAAUCGCGGUCCUUCUCACCUGUCGCAGAGGAGAUGCGGGCUGGGAAUGGGAUCUGUUGAAGCCCGUCUUUAUUGUUCUCCCAUAAAACCCUGGUAAAUCUCCUAAGAGAGUAAAAAUGUGUAAGAAAGAAGUAAGAACAGUAAGAAGUAAGAAGAAAGAAGUAAGGAAGAAGUAAGAACAGAACAGCUGUUCUUCCAGUUCAAGGCUGACUUACAGACCCACCUGGAGGGGUUCUUUCCUGCCUGUUCCUCUGCAGAGUGUCUUGUGGUCUCACCUGGUGGGCGGAGAAUUCAGGUGUGUCCCCAAGUACUUCCUUUGCAUCUGCCCGCAUCUGCCCCUUGGUUUCCUCGUUCAGAAAAUCCUGUGAUCUCUGGCUUGCCUCCUUCCCAGGGUUGUGUGAGCAUCAGAAUCCAUAAACGGACGUGAGCUCCGUUUUAAGGCUGUGUGCCGAGGACAGGCACGGAGGGAGUGUGGGCGGUGCGGCGUCUCACCGGGGGAGCAGAGGGUGUGGCUCGGAGCCUAGAUUCUAGACAGACUCAGAUCCAGGUUCUGCCUCUUGGAGCAGUGUCCUUCCAGCCUUGGGUGUCACUCCUCGUGCGUGGAAUGAGAAUGAGUGUACCUCCGAGGCAGGUCUUGUGAAGAUUAAAUGUAAAGUACUUGCAACUUUGAGUUGCAAGCCUGAGUAAGAGCACAAUAAAUUGUUGCCAUCUGUAUA